UGCUGUCACUACACCACCUCUCCGCGUCUCCGGCUCCUUAGAAAUAGAUGUGCGGGGCAGAGCGGAGCGGGCAGCAGGCUCAGUGCGGGGAAAUGAAACACGCUGCGGGUCCCGAAGCAGCAGCAGCAGCAGCGGCGGCAGCAGACGAGCUGAGCAGACCCUCCUCCUCCUCCUCCUCCUCCUCCUCCUCCUCCUCCUCCUCCUGCUGCACCUCCUCUACUCUUCCUCUCCUCUCUCAGCGGGACAUCACGCACCGUCCGGGAUCAUGUUGUUUCUCCAUGAGUUAUUAUCGCCUUGUUGGAUCGCAGCUGAGUGAAAGAGAAAGUCCACACUGGAUUUGAACCUGCGCACUUGUCUCGCCCUGGAUGAGAUCUCUGCACGCGUCGUUUUCUUCAUCAUCUUCAUCUUCAUCAUCAUCAUCAUCCUCUCACAUCUAUAUAUUUCGGAUUAUUCCUGCCACUAGGAGAUAUGCUGGCUCUACUAGUGAUCGGCCUGGCCGUGCUGUCAGAUGCAGGUGUGUCGGCGGAGGUGUUUCGUGCAGGUGUGGCCCCUCGCUGUGAGAGCCGAGCCUGCAACCCUCGCAUGGGUAACCUGGCGCUGGGUCGCCGCGUCCUGACGCAGACCGUCUGCGGCAACAACGGCACCGAGCUCUACUGCUCCUACUCGGACCCCAACGCCAACCUGGCCUGCAGCGCCGCCAAGUGCGCCAAAUGCAACGCCGGCCUCCCGCUCCUGUCCCACCUGGCCGGGGCCAUGUCCGACUCCUCCUUCCGCCACCCCAACACCUGGUGGCAGUCGGCCGAGGGGGUGGAGUCUGAGACGGUGCAGCUGGACCUCGAGGCCGAGUUCUACUUCACGCAUCUCAUCUUGGUGUUCCGCUCGCCGAGGCCCGCCGCCAUGACGCUGGAGCGGUCGCAGGACUUCGGGAGAACGUGGAAGAUGUUGCAGUACUACGCCUCCAACUGCAGCGCCGCCUUCGGGCUGGAGGAGGGAAAGGCGGGAGCGGGUCGGGACGGGGCCACCUGCACCUCCAAAUACUCCGCGGCUUAUCCCUGCAACCGUGGAGAGGUGAUCUACCGCACGCUUCCAAAGUGGGAAUCCCUGGAUCCGUUCGGGGCGGAGGGCCAGCAGCAGCUGAGGGUGACCAACGUCCGAAUCCGGCUGCUGAAGCGUCAGGCGUGUCCGUGCCAGGCCAAAGACCUCGACUCGGCACACGAGGACCCUCCCACCCGACACUUUGCCAUCUACGACCUGAUAGUGAAGGGAAGCUGCUUCUGUAACGGACACGCCGAGCAGUGUGUUCCUGCUCCGGGGUACCAGCCCAUCAGAGACCGGACCAACCACGUGGUUCAUGGGAAGUGUGUGUGCAGACACAACACUGCAGGUGAUCACUGCGAGCGCUGCGCUCCGCUGUACAACGACCGGCCCUGGCAGCCCGCUGACGGACUGACGGGGGCUCCACACGAAUGUCGGAAGUGUAAGUGUAACGGACACGCUCAGAGCUGCCAUUUUGACUGGACGGCGUGGCGCGAGUCGGGCCAGCGCAGCGGAGGCGUGUGUGACUGUCUCCACAACACCGAAGGACGCCAGUGUCAGAAAUGUAAAGCCGGCUUCUACAGAGACCCUCAGCGACCUCAGACCGCCCCCGACUCCUGCAAACCGUGCAGCUGCCACCCUCUGGGCUCGAUGCCCUUCCACCUGGCUGACGGCUCCCUCUGCGACCCCUCCAACGGGAACUGCAUCUGUAAACCUGGAGUGGGUGGAGCCCACUGCGACAGGUGCAUGGUGGGAUACUGGGGCUUCCAUGAAUACGGCUGCCGUCCGUGUGACUGCGCGGGAGACUGUGAUCCUUUUACAGGAGACUGCAUGUUCGGCUCUGAUCUGGACCUGUACAACCUGGAGGGAAACUCCAGCGAGCCGGUGAGGAUCUUCAGAGCAGACGAGCUCUUCUCCGCCCUCCACUACUCAGAGAAGUGUGAGUGCAAAGAACAAGCCCUGACCAACAGCAAACUCUUCUGCACCAUGAAUUAUGCGUACGUGCUAAAAGUGAAAGUGCUGUCGGCCCACGAUAAGGGCUCCCACGCUGAGGUGGAGGUCAAAGUUCAGAAGGUGCUCAGUCAGAACACCAAGGUGAAGAUACAGCGGGGUCGGGUCACGCUUUACCCCGAGUCCUGGACCGCACGGGGCUGCACCUGCCCCAUCCUCAACCCAGGGGUGGAGUACAUCGUGGCGGGCCACUCGGACCGUAAGCAGGGCCGCCUCCUGGUCAACAUGAAGAGCUUCGUCAAGCCCUGGAAAGCCAGUUUGGGGCGCAAAGUCCUCUCGCUACUCAAGAAAGACUGCAACUGGUAGACGGAGCAUCAGAGCGCUGGAGGACAGACGGACACAUGGACAGGCGAGACUGUAGAUUUGUGUCCUCUUGUCCUCCAGAUGUGGAAUAUUGAUUCGCAGAUUUCUGGGGCUGAACUGAGAAGACUGAGAAAAAAAAAAACCCUUAAAUCUGUGGUGGACUCCACCAGAUAAAAAGCACAUGGGAUAUUAUUUUAUUCUCCUGUGUGGGAUUUCUUCUGCAAGAAAUGAGGAAUUCAGCGCUGUGGCCAAGUGCUUUUCUAUUCUGAGUGAUGCCCCCUGGACCCACUGACGUACAUUCACACACACACACACACACACACACACACACACACACUGAAUCUCUUCCUCUGCAGCACUUUAGCCUAAGAUGGACUGAGGGAAUAUGGACACACAAAGAGAGGAAGACUUAACACACACACACUACAUGACCCCCUGACAUGGGCUGUGGAUGGAGCAUGUCCAUUCCCUCACACACACACACACACACACACACACAUACAGGCAGCAGUGUGUGUGUGUGUGUUUGUGUGUGUGUGCUGCACCCAGAGUGACGCUGAACAAGCCAUACAAGCCACUACAGGUGGUUAAACCUUAGCCAGUCCAGGUGUGCCUGUGUUGAAAUCAGAGUGAAUGGGAUUUUACCCCGAACGUGAAUGUUUAUGCCUGUUUUUGCAAAUGUGUGUGUGUGUGUGUGUGUGUGUGUGUGUGUGUGUGUGUGUGUGUGUGUGUGUGCGAGAGAGUGGUUUGAAUGCAGCGGUGUGUGUAAGGAGCACAGUCCAGACUCAGUCCAGCUCUUUUCUGUAGGUUUUUUUUGUUCGUACACUUUUCAAAACAAACAGCCGUUCCAGCGUUUAUGAUUAUGUAUUAUUGAUUCAUCUCAUAUUACACUGCUACACUCAGAACGGAUUCCUUCCUCCGUGCUCUUGUACAGUAUUAUUUGUAUAUAUCUAUAUAAAUAUUAUUGUUCAUCUUU